GGGCGGGGGCAGUCCAGUGAGAGACUCUCCGACAGGCACGGAGGGUGAUUGGGAGUAGAGCGGGCAGCGAGGGGCUUGUCAUGGGGAUCCGAGCUACUGGACGGCAUUGGUAGCAUCUAGGGACUCCGAAGGGGGCAGGAAGUGUCAACGCCCGGAACCCCGGCGCCAGCUCGGCUGGGGAUCCCCGCUGCUCUAGACCUGGGAAGGGAGGGGGGAAGGAGGGAGCCCUGAUCUCGCCCCGCCCCUGGGCUUGUUACCGCGGGGGCGGGGAGUGAGGGCUUCUUUUGGGGGGAGUGGAGAUCGGGGGACUCGGCUGUGCCCUCUCGAGCGGCUGCCGGUGUCCCCGCGGCGCCGGGCUGCGGAGCGUAGGAGCCGCGGCGACCGUGGCUGUUGCAUGUGUGGCUGCUGGAUGCGGAGGCGGCGGCGGCGGCGGCGGCGAGGAGCAGCAGCAGCGGCGGCAGGAUGUUAGGGCAGCAGCAGCAGCAACUGUACUCGUCGGCCGCACUCCUGACCGGAGAGCGGAGCCGGCUCCUCACCUGCUACGUGCAGGACUACCUCGAGUGUGUGGAGUCACUGCCCCACGACAUGCAGAGGAACGUGUCUGUGCUGCGAGAGCUGGACAACAAAUAUCAAGAAACAUUAAAGGAAAUUGAUGAUGUCUAUGAAAAAUAUAAGAAAGAAGAUGAUUCAAACCAGAAAAAACGCCUACAGCAGCAUCUCCAGAGAGCAUUAAUCAAUAGUCAAGAAUUAGGAGAUGAAAAAAUUCAGAUUGUCACACAAAUGCUCGAAUUGGUGGAAAAUCGGGCAAGACAAAUGGAGUUACAUUCACAGUGUCUCCAAGAUCCUGCUGAAAGUGAACGAACCUCAGAUAAAGCGAAAAUGGAUUCUAGCCAGCCAGAAAGAUCUUCAAGAAGACCCCGCAGGCAGAGAACCAGUGAAAGCCGUGAUUUAUGUCACAUGACAAAUGGAAUUGAAGACUGUGAUGAUCAGCCACCUAAAGAAAAGAAGUCCAAGUCAGCCAAGAAAAAGAAACGCUCUAAGGCCAAGCAGGAAAGGGAAGCCUCACCUGUUGAGUUUGCAAUAGAUCCUAAUGAACCUACAUACUGUUUAUGUAACCAAGUGUCUUAUGGAGAAAUGAUAGGAUGUGACAAUGAACAGUGUCCAAUUGAAUGGUUUCACUUUUCAUGUGUUUCACUUACCUAUAAACCAAAGGGGAAAUGGUAUUGCCCAAAGUGCAGGGGAGAUAAUGAGAAAACAAUGGACAAAAGUACUGAAAAGACAAAAAAGGAGAGAAGAUCGAGGUAGUAAAGGCCAUCCAUAUUUUAAAGGGUUAUUUGUCUUUAUAUAAUUCGUUUACUUUCAGAAAAUGUUUUAGGGUAAAUGCAUAAGACUAUGCAAUAAUUUUUAAUCAUUAGUAUUAAUGGUGUAUUAAAAGUUGUUGUACUUUG